AUGCUCGCGCUGUGCAACGUGGACCCCGUCGCCGCGAACCGCGAGGCCGCCGCGGGCGCGUUCGCGCAGUACGUCGCGGCCCGGCGGCGCGCGGCCGCGCAGGAGCUGCAGCGCGGCGGUGCGGGCGGCGGCAGCAUGGCCGCGCAGCCGGAGCUGUGUCUGACGUACGCGGUGUUCCUCCUCGCGCACCACCCGGACUUCCCGACGGUCGGGGAGGUGCGCGACACCAGCGGCGCGGCCCUCGCGCCCUUCCAGCAGAUGCUGGCGCCGCUGCUGGGCGCGCUGCUCGGCACCGCGGAGGACUCGUGCGAGGCCGGGGCGUCGCUGCCGCUGGUCCGGAAGCUGCUGCGGGUGAUCAAGCACUCGGAGGUCACGGCGCCGGGGCUCCGCGGGGAGGAGCCGCGCACGCAGGAGGUGCGGGAGCUGGCGGACGUGGCGCUGCAGAUGGCGGCGGCGGCCGAGGAGGUCAUCCUGGGGCCGCGGGGCGCGACUGCGACGUCCGCGCGCGCGGCGCCGUAUCCCGGGGACGUGCAGCUGCCGCGGUGGGUGCUCCGCGCCGUCGCGGUCGAGGGGGGGAGUUUCGCGGACGGCAGCCACAUCCCGCGGGGGCUCGCUGCGCCUGACAUGCGCCCGCACUUGGGCCUGGCGAAGAAGGGCGGCGCGAGGCGCGGCGAGGGAGCGGCGAAGCGCGGGCGCCAGGGCGCGGAGGUGGGGUCUCCGCCGCGCGCACGUUCAAAGCAGGCAAAGGUGCGGUCGCCGGACGCGGCGUCGAAGCGGCGGCGGUUCGGGGCGGAGGCGGUCGGGUGCCGCGUGGAGGUGUGGUGGCCGGAGGACGAGGGGUGGUUCGCAGGCACCGUCGAGAGCUUCGACGAAGCAAGCGGUCGCCACCGCGUGGCGUACGACGACGGUGACGUGGAGCACCUGUUUCUACCUCAGGAGAGGAUCCGGUGGGAGGGGGGGGACUCUCCGGGCAAGGAGGGGCCCGACGCGGGGUCGCCGUUGCCGCCAACGCCCGCGCGCGCCACGCGGGCGCUGCGGUCCGUCGCUGGGAACACCCCCGGGGGUGCGCCGCCGUCGGAGAAGCGGCGCACGGUGCGGGGACGGCAGGGACGCACCCCGCGCGCACAGGAGAACGCGACCGCGGAGUAG